GCAGAUGACGUAUGAUCCCUUUUCGGAUGUUAUUUACACCCCGCCAUGUUUCUCGAUGCAGUAGUCUCAAUUUACGGAUAAAAGCGACAAAGACCUCGUAGUUCUGCUACUGCUGAGAGUUUAUUUCGUACAAGUGAAUGUGUAUAUUUUAAACUACUGAGAGUUUAUUUCCUACAAGUGAACGUGUAUAUUUUGAACUGCUGAGAGUUUAUUUCCUACAAGUGAAAGUGUAUUUUUUAAAACUGAAUCUGGAAGUGCAGACUAUUCGUACAUAUGACGAAUGCAGCUUUCUGUGCCUCUCAAGUUGACUAUUCUUUAGCCACCAGGGUACAGAAACAAAUCAUGAAACCAGAAAAAAAGAUGGCCUCUAGUUUGCGGAGCUCGUUGCCAGAUUACAGCCAGCGGUCGUGGUAAUGGCUUGUGAAAUAUUUCGUCAAACACCCGCCACCUACUAUCCAGACACACAGGUCAGAUAUCCUUGAGAUACCCUGAAGUAGUCUGGAUCUUGUUUAGCUUUGGCUUUUACGGCUCACUGGUCACCAAGACAACGGCAUGGGUGGGAGGUGCUGUACCAUGUCGCAUGCUGGGCGAGCCAGGCUCAGCUCGUUCGCAACAGUCCACAACCUGUUGACGUCUUUUGCAGGAAAGGUGCUCGUCAGCUGGGCCCUUUUCAUCAAGUUCGGCCUAGAGAGUCGUGUGUCCCCAGUACUCAACAAUAAAGGCGGUGCUCUGUCUUACUACCUCAUGGCUCUCGGAUCGCUGAUCUUCUUUGUACAACUCGUCGCCAUCAAAGUAAUGUAUGACGCUGGCACCAAGGAAGGGGCGGUAAGGAGGUUGUGCCGGCUGCUGGUGGUUGUGCAGGCUAUGGAGGUAAUCAUGGUGAUUCUGCACAUCAGUGGAGCAAUCCUAUGUAUUGUCCACAUCAAGCUCGUCAAGGACGCCUUCCACACAGGUGUCAUCGCUGGAAUUAAGCUGUACAGAGACAAGAUUGAUAUGAAGCAGGCCAUAGACAAGAUCCAAUUGUCAUUCCGCUGCUGCGGGGCAAGCUCCAUGGAGGACUGGUUCAAGAAUAGCUGGGUCUCGCUCACUUACCUCAAUGUCAAACACCCGGAUGUCGAAAAGUACCUGCAGAAUGGUGAAUUCAUUAAAGACGACGCCCCGUUCAGCUGCUGCGACAUGACUGCGCCGCGCCCCUGCGUGCACCACGACGUGCUGAACGUCUCCGCACACCGAUUCGUGGGCACAAGGGGCACGCUGUACACCGAGGGCUGCUCCUACGCCCUCAUCACCUUCUGGAAGACCUACGUCAUCUACCCUACUUUCGUUGCUUUGAUAAUCCUCAUUUUCAUGCACCUGGUGUCUAUCAUCUUGGCCCGCCUCCUGCAGACCUCGCUGGAUGGAGCUUUAGACGCCGACGACCCCCUUGGUGAAGGCGUUGCGUACUGUUGCUACAGGUCUCCCUGCUCCAUCCUACCCAGCGGAGACCCCAGCAAAGUCAUGGCCAAGAAGGCAGCAGCAGCAGAAACCAGCACUGAGGAGACAGAUUACACACAGGACUCAUUUUCAAGUGCUGCCACAGACAGCAGAGGCGGGGACUUCGCAGAUCAAUGGGAAACUCAACAUCCUACAGGAAGGGAGCCAAGAGAAAGAAAUAGCAGUAGAGAACGCACAAGACAAAAUGACAGACGUGAGGGCAAAAAGAAAAAAGGCAAAAAGGGUAAACGGGAUAAAAGGGAUAAAAGGGGCAAAAAGAAGGGCAAAAAGAAGAAAAAGCCAAAAAGAAAGAAAAAGAAAAAAAAGCCAAGGAAAAUGAAGAAGCCUAAAAGGCCUAAGAAGUUCAAAUCCAAAAAGACUAGAAGACGAUGAUAGAGACAAUUACUUCAGGUUGUUCAGCCUGGUAGGCAAUACAAGCCCAAACACUUGCAGAGGGAAUGACAAAAGAAGGAACUGCCAUUUGUAAAGUAAUCUUGUGCACACAGGCUCCACUAGGUUCAUGCUAACUGAAUAUCAUCUUAUUAUUGCUGAGAUUAAUACUCUUCUUUACAUUUAGAAAAGAAUUUUUAAGAAUA